AGUUGUUGGCAAAUGCCCUCAAUGAUAUCCAUUCUGAGUUUGGGAUUAGAGGAAAGAUCGUCAGAACAACAACAGACAACGGCUCUAAUUUUGUCAAAGCUUUCCAGGUUUUUGGUGAAGAUAACAGUGCAGUGGAAGCAGUUAGUGAUGGUGAUCGAUCUCAACCAAGAGAGGCUGAAGAGGAUGAAGAGGAGAGUGAAGAAGUGGUGUUUGUGGAUGUGUCAGGACUUCUGAGCGAAGAUGAUGGUUUGGAGUUCGCGCGGCCAAAGCACCAGCGCUGCGCUUGUCACCUAAUCAACCUCAUCGCUACAGUUGAUGCUGCAAAAGCAAUGUCCAACGAGCCAUACAAGAAAAUGCACCGUUCAACAUUUGGCAAGUGCAGUGCCCUCUGGAACAAAUCUUGCCGGUCGACACUUGGAGCUGAAACUGUUUCAGAUGUGUGCUCCCUCCAGCUGCUCAGCCCAAAUGUUACCAGGUGGAAUUCCUUCUUUCUGGCAGUGGAGAGACUACUAAGGAUCAUCAAAGACAAGGGAGAGGGGGCCAUCAGAGUAAUCUGCACAGAGUUCAAACUUCCAAUCUGCAACAAUAACGCUGUCAUGAGCCCAGUUGCCCAGGCCACCAACAUCUUGCAGGCAGAAGAAAAUGUCCAGAUGGGGUGGCUACUACCCACAAGCAACCUGUUGACUGCUAAACUUGACCGAGUCAAGUUGACGGUGAAAUACUGCAGGCCUCUGGUGGAUGCUCUACAGGCGGGAUUGAAGACUCGUUUUGGCCACACGACACAAGACCCGGAGUUAAUUGCAGCCGCGAUUCUUCUCCCAAAAUUCAGAACUUCCUGGACGAAGGAUGAUGCCACCAUCGGAAUGGGAGUCGACUACAUCAGAGAACACCUUGAAGCACCUCCCCUGCAGUCUGAUGGUGGCAACCCAAGCUCUUCUGAUGAGGAAGACUUCUUUUCCUCACUGCAGUCACCUCACACAGACAGCUCCAAAGAACUGGAGGGAUAUUUGGCCUUCUCAUCAGAUAGAAUGGAAUCACUGAAGUCCUUCCCAUCCUUGUGCAAGCUGUCUCUGAAGCUAAACACACCUUUACCUGCCUCAGCAGCAUGUGAAAGGCUGUUUAGCAUUGCUGGUCUGGUCUUCAGCCCAAGAAGAGUGAGACUGAGUUCUCGCCAUUUUGAGAACCAACUUCUUUUGAGGUUGAACAAAAAGUUUCUCAGGGUUCAGUAAUGACUGGAUGGACAGUUCAAGUGCUGUCGCACUGAAGUCAUGUUAAAGUUCAACCAAUCAAGUUUUUGUUUGUUUGCAUCACCUUCGAGCACCAAGAGUUCAUUAGGAAUUAUUUUAUAUUGAAUGCAAGUGGGUAUGAACGUUGGUAGGCAUGCAUGCAUGCGGGUCUGUAAGGAUAUGUUUGUGUAUUUUUGUAUAUGGUUGGGUUUAUGUAAGGAGGCGUUGAAGCUCCUUUAUUCUGAGUGUUUAAGUGUCUUGUGACACUUUGCAAAUUAAACAAAACUUAAAAACUAAAUUAAACAGGAAUAAAGAAAAUGUUACAACUCAAAUUUCUGAUUGCAGUUUAUUAACAGCACUUUUUACUUUUGAUACUUAAGUACAGUAAAUACUAGCUACUUUUUUACUUUUACUCAAGUAAUAUUCUAGCAGGCAACUUUCACUUUUUCUUGAGUAAUUUUCCAGUAAGGUACUUUUACU